UCGAACCGAAAACGUGGGCACAGGUAAUAUCGAUCCCAUUAAAUAAAUAAGAUUAGUACCAACUUAAACGAAAAAGGAGUGAGAUCACAGGACUGCCAUCAUGGAAAUAACGCUUUUGCUUGGAGUCGCUAUUCUUCUUCCAUUUGUGAUCAAAGUUCAUGCUAUAGACUGCUCAUGUUACACAUUCCACGAAGACGGACUCACAUGGACAGCGGCCAGACAGACGUGUCAAUCUGAUGGAGGAGAUCUUGUCUCCAUGGAAACACCAUAUGAAUGGCAGGUUGUGAGAGACUACAUCCAAAACCUGACAAACAGGUUCAACGAUGACUGGCAUAUCGGUUUGCGCAUGAACACAACAAUGGUGGGGAACUGGACCUGGGUGAGUGGAAAGCCACUGACCAUCAAACACUGGCAGCCUUGGCAACCUCGAGAUGGCGCUCCGUACGUGGUGAUGGCGAAAAACUACCCGCCGGGAACUAGGGGUCUUUUUAAUGACAUAAGAGGGGACAUUUUCGCCGGGUACAUCUGCGAGAUACCCUCUGAGUGUUCAAGAAGUGGUUUAAUCUGCAAUAUUCCUGAAGUGUCCAGAGAAGCUCCACCUGGCGCGAGCAGAAAACCAACAUUGCCGACAGUGCGAACUGAAAAGUACACGCGAGCCAACAAAACUGAGAAAAUAUUCAUGGUUAAAAAAGUUCAACCUCCUUCCGGAUUCAUCCAUUGGGCAAUCGCGAUAAUUCCGUUGGCUUGCAUGAUUGCAGUCUUAGCUUGCGUCAUUGGCUUCCUUCUUUGGCGCUUGAAAAUGAAUACACGCAAACAAAACAGCGACAUAACUGCACAGCCCAUCUAUUAUGACGCGCAGACAAGAUCCCUUCACAAACAGGAUGGUAGGGCAAACAAUCCCAGCGGAGUGAACCAGUUACGGGUACAUUUUCAGGAUUCGGCUCAUCACGAAGAUCCGAAAUAUCGCUUGUUGCAACAGUCAGCAAAUAAUGAAAACAGUAACCUUCAAUACGCUUCCCUGUGCAAAAUUCCGGGAGAAGUGCCAAUAUCCAGGCGUUUAGCAAUAAGACGAAAGAGCAGCGAUGAACUUAAAGGUAAAUACCCGCUGAAUAAAAGCAGACGGGAUGAAGAAGUGAUACAAGACUACAGAGCAUUAAAAAGACAUUCAGCUGAACAAAACAACCAGGAAGAUAAUAGUGGUGCUUAUCAAGCUUUGAUUGCCGAUUACGAGGAACCUGGAAACAUCAUUGUGGCUGACCAGGGAAACGCUGAAAGCCAAGAGUGCUUCGAGGACGAACUGCCCUAUCUCGAGAUAAUUGCAUAACAAAAACUACUCUUCUAAUAAU